AUGAUGCCGCCCUUAAAUCUACCACUUUGGCUCAAGGAUAAUGAGCAUCUAUUGCAGCCACCGGUGAAUAAUUUCUGUCUCCACCGGGGCGGGGAUUUCGUAGUUAUGGCGGUGGGAGGCCCUAAUCAGCGUAGCGAUUAUCACAUCAACGAAACCGAGGAAUGGUUCUAUCAAUACAGGGGCCCGAUGCUGUUACGAAUCGUAGAGGAGAAGGAAUUUCGAGACCUCAGAAUAGAAGAAGGCGAGAUGUUCUUACUUCCAGCUAACACUCCACACAACCCUGUGCGCUUCGCUAAUACGGUUGGGAUCGUGGUUGAGCGAGUUAGACCCACAGGCGCCCUAGAUCGCCUACGGUGGUACUGUCAUUCGCCGAUCCAUCGCGAACCCACAAUAAUCCACGAAGAGGCCUUCCGUGUCACCGACCUCGGAAGUCAGCUCAAGCCGGUGAUCAAGAAGUGGAUGGAAAGGCGUGACCUGAGGAAGUGUAGGGAAUGCGGGCAAUAUGCCGAUGAGCAAUACUUGGCAUCGGCUAGAUUAUAA